AUGAAUGCAAUCCAAGAUGACCCGAACAAGAUUGAAUCAGGUGGUGCGAGCAAACCGUACACGCCGGACUCAGGUUCACACCACACUCAAGACAAAGAAGGAAUCAUGGGAGAGACCGCCGCGCUAGAGGCGCACGGGCGUGCGAAUUUCAGUCGACUCGGCUGGAAGCGGCUAACUGUUAUUUUAAUUGUGGAAGCUAUUGCGCUCGGUGCUCUAUCUAUUCCUGGAGCCUUUGCCACGCUAGGGAUGGUAGCUGGGGUGAUUCUCACCGUCGGUAUUGGAUUGAUUGCCAUCUAUACCAGUCAUAUUAUAGGGCAAGUCAAACUGGCGUUUCCACACGUGGCGCAUUAUGCGGAUGCGGGGAGGUUGCUGAUGGGACGGUUUGGGUACGAGCUGCUCGGGGCGAUGUUUGCGUUGGAGCUGACAUUUUCCGUGGGAUCGCAUUGUCUGACAGGAACGAUUGCGUUUCUUAACUUGUCGAACAAUGGGGCGUGCUCAGUGGUAUUUGGGGCUGUGUCGGCUGUCAUCCUGCUAGUGUUGGCAAUUCCCCCUUCAUUUGCGGACGUAGCCAUCUUGGGCUAUAUCGAUUUCGUGUCAAUUAUGCUCGCGAUUGGCAUUACUAUUGUGGCUACCGCCGUGGUAUCUGGUUCUUCAGCGGGAGGACUGGCGCAAGUAGACUGGUCUGCGUGGCCUAAGCAGGAUCUCUCUUUCUCGGAAGCGUUUAUCGCCAUCACUAACAUUGUCUUCGCAUACUCAUUUGCCUUGUGUCAAUUUUCCUUCAUGGACGAGAUGCACACACCGCGCGAUUACAUUAAAUCGAUCUGGGCACUCGGCUUAAUCGAAAUUUUCAUCUACACAGUCACAGGAGGAUUAAUCUAUGCCUUCGUUGGGCAGGAUGUGCAAUCCCCUGCACUUCUCUCGGCCGGGAAUCUCAUGGCCAAAAUAGCAUUCGGCAUUGCGCUGCCCGUAAUUUUCAUCUCGGGCUCCAUUAACUGCACUGUCGUCGCCCGCUAUAUUCACGGACGCGUAUACAAGAACUCGGUGGUGCGCUUCAUCAACACGAAGAAAGGCUGGCUGACAUGGUUGGGGCUUGUAAGCCUCAUCACAAUUAUUGCAUGGGUGAUUGCGGAAGCGAUCCCCUUCUUCUCGGAUUUGCUGUCCAUUGUGUCGGCGCUGUUUGUCUCCGGGUUCACGUUCUACUUCCCGGCCAUGAUGUGGUUUAAGUUGCUCAAGAAGGGGAAAUGGUAUGCGCGCGAAAACUUGUUCCUGAGUGUGGUAAAUGGGGCGGUGUUUGUCAUUGGGAUGGUGGUUUUGGUAGGCGGAACGUAUGCGGCAGUGGAAGACAUUAAAAAACAAUACGCCGAAGGAACAGUCCGAGGGGCGUCUGAAGAAAGACGAAAUAAGGUCGUUGCCCUUGUUGUAGAAAUUCUCAGUCAAGCGGACGUUCCGGCAACGGAUUUUCAGUGUUCCCGCUUCCAUCCUGCUUUUUGCAUCAGUGUUGCGCUCAAUAGAGAGUACAUGGCCCUUACUUCUACGCUGAGAAUAUCACUGAUUGGGUUGAACAGUUAUACAGAGAUAUGCCACGCUCUUAAGCUUCGAUAUUACACUCAACGAGGUCUUCUGAUUGCAAAAGAUAACCUUUUCCGCUUUCCAUGGGAGUCCAAGACGCAGCUCGCAAUUCGAGGCACCAUAGCAGACCAUAUCUUGCGAGAAACACAGCCGACCGACUCUGGUCAAUUGAAUGCAGAUUUGAACGAUAGCCGACAGGAAGAGCACUCCUCGCACCCUGGACCUGGGCUUGAAAACGAACCGUUCUCAUCUGUGGCAGCUGAUCCUGUUAGUAGUAUAACCCAAGGCACACAAUUGCCAGAUUCAGUAGAUAAUGAUCAGGGUGCAAUGGAUAUAUUAAGUGCAGCUGCAGCUCUUGAGCAAUCAACGACCGCAGCACUUAGCAAUACAUCAUGUACAUCUGUCAAUGAACUUACCAUUGAUCCUUCACAAUGGACAAUGCAAUCUCAGCAAGCCUUCGAACUGCAAGAACUAGGUCAACUCGCUUCAUUUGAUGUGUCUUUGCUCCCUUUGUUUACACACAACGCCUCCGAUACAUCGUUUCUCCCAAUUGCUGAUACCGAAAAUGAUUUCGCCUUUGGAGAUAUUGUAUCAUAUGAUUUUCCUAGUUAG